AUGGAUCCAAACUUCACCUUGCUUUCUCAACCAUCCCGGGCCUGCUCAUACCUGGCAGAACCUUGUACCAAAGAUGGAAGAAGCCCGUCCCCCAGAGAACAGGGCAGAGACUCCCCAUUUCCCUGGAGCCAGGUCCCCAGCUCCAGCCUCGCUGACCCUGACUGGUUUUGGGAUGAGCACAUCCAGGCAAAGAGGGCCAGAGUAGAGACCAUCGUCCGAGGCAUGUGCCUCUCCCCUAACCCUCCGGUGCCAGGCAAUGCCCCAGCCAGGGACAGCCCGUGCUGCCCAGAGCGGAAGAGGAAGCAGAACGUUCCCAUGCAGCAAGGCCCCUCAAAGCCAGGCCCUGCCAGGGACUGGGGAAGCAGGAAGGGGGGCCCUCGGGUGAGAGAACAGCUUCACCUGCUGAAGCAACAGCUAAAACACCUGCAGGAGCACAUCCUGCAGGCUGCCGAGCCCAAGGCCGCAGCUCAGGGCCCGGGAGGCUCAGAGACAGGGAAGGGCCCUCUGAGUGUGAAGCAGAGGAAUGGCUCUGGGUCUAGGGCCUGGGCUGUGGACAGUGCCCACCACGGUUCCAGCGGGGACCCCUCCAGGGUGGAGAAACACAGAGUGUCUGAGGUCAAACUCCAGUCUGAGGAACCCAGGUUCCUUCCUUCUGGAGCACGGGCUUUGCUGGAGAUUCUGAAGAAAGAACUGACGGGGGCCAUAUCCCAGGCUGUGGACUCAGUAUUACAGAAUGUGCUAUUGGAUCCAUCAGGCCACCUGACUCACCUGGGCAGAAGCUUCCCGGGGCUGGUGCCAGACGGUAGAAGCGAGCCCUCGCCUCCUGAGGGAGGUGCCUGUAAAGAUCCACUUCCUCUGGCUGCCUUGCCCAGGAGGGCCCAGCCGCAGACAGGGGCUCCACUGGGAAACUUAUCUCUGGCCAAGCCUCUAGAUUCUCCCAGGUACCCUGUCUCUCCGAGAAUGAUCCCCAAACCCUAUCAGGGUCCCCCAGCAAACUGUCCCUUGACUGUGCCUGCCCACAUCCAGGAAGAUCAGAUUCUCAGCCAGCUACUGGGCCAUGGACCCAGUGGCCACUGGAGGGGCAAUCUUCCGCAGGACUCAUCUCCCCAGAGUCACCCCUCCUCAGAGGCGGCCCUGCGACCUUGGGGAGUUGCCAAACUGCAACCACUGGCUUUGAGCCAGCAACAGUGCCCCUGGCUCUUCACGUCCACCUGCUUGGAAAGACUGCCCCUCGUUCCCUCAGUGAAAAUGGAGCAAGGUGGCCUGCAGGCUGUCACGGACGCACUUCCUUUCUCUUCAGCCCAAAUCCAGGAGGGCCUCAACCCUGGUCACUUGAAGAAGGCCAAACUAAUGUUUUUCUUCACACGCUAUCCCAGUUCCAACCUCCUGAAGGCUUAUUUUCCUGAUGUUCAGUUCAACCGCUGCAUUACCUCCCAGAUGAUCAAGUGGUUCAGCAACUUUCGUGAGUUUUAUUAUAUCCAAAUGGAGAAAUUUGCCCGGCAAGCAAUUUCAGAUGGUGUCACAAAUCCCAAAAUGCUGGUGGUUCUCCGCAACUCGGAGCUUUUUCGAGCUCUCAAUAUGCACUAUAACAAGGGAAACGACUUUGAGGUCCCAGAUUGCUUCUUGGAAAUCGCCAGCUUGACAUUACAGGAGUUCUUCAGGGCUGUCUCCGCAGGCAAAGACUCAGAUCCUUCCUGGAAGAAACCCAUUUACAAAAUUAUUUCGAAACUGGACAGUGACAUCCCAGAGAUAUUCAAAUCUUCCAGCUAUCCCCAGGAGCUGUUUCGGAAUUAA